UGAAAAUGGGGGUAAAGAAGUUGCUGCUUCUGUGCUUGCUGUUCGUGAUUUACCUGCUACUGGGUGGGUGUGUGUUCCACUACUUGGAGAGCGAGGAAGAAGAGAGGCUAAGACAACAGGUAUUCCGGCUUCAAGAAAGCGUGUCUGGAGAAGACAAAGAAGACCUCCAGCACAUCUGUACCCCUGUGGAUGCGGUAAACUUGACGGAGCUGGAGCCAUCUGAAGGAGUGCUGGGUGUAACCUGCUGCGUCCCGCCUGACAAAUUAGACGCCAUAGAGACUACUGUCAGGAAAAGGGUCAAGCGGAGACUUGCAGAGUUGGAUCAGAAAAGUAGAGAAAAUAAAACCUGCAUCCGACUAGAAGAAACGCCGAUCAUGAGCUUGUCCGGAGACGAACUGGACGCCAUCAUUGACGUCGUCCUCCUGGCGGUCAGCCGCGGGCUGGACCCGAGAAGCACGGAGGAGAACAACUCCCCGCCGAAGUGGAGUUUUUCCGGAGCCUGCAGCUUUUCCGUGACGGUGGUUACAACCAUAGGGUACGGUAACCUGGCGCCAUACACGGAGGGAGGCCAGGCGUUCUGCGUGGCGUACGGAACUUUCGGCAUCCCUCUGACGGCUGUUCUACUGGCCAAGAUAGCUCAGGGUUUGGGCGGGCUUGCUGUACGAAUCGCCGACAAAAUCAGACGGUCCAGACCACAGUGGAACCCCAAGGUUAUCCGCAACAUUGUCAACACCUGCUUCGUAACGUUGGGUUUGUGUGUGUUCCUGAUACUACCCGCACUGACAGUUUCGCUCAUAGAGGGUUGGAACUACCUGAGAUCUCUUUACUUCAUGUUCGUGUCUCUCAGCACCAUCGGGUUUGGAGACUACGUUGCGGCCAGCCAGAGGGACGUCAAAUACUCGGCGGUGUACCAGAUCACCAUAUCCGCCUGGAUAUUGUGCGGGCUCGCUUUCCUGGCCUUGGUCUUCGACCUCAUCACGGGCGGCAUCGAGAAGGUUAGUGGGAAGGUAGAGAGCAAGGAGGCGGACACCGACGAGACCACCACCGAGAAUGACGAUGAGACGACCCGGGGGGAGAUCUUCACUGCAUGUGUCUGUAAGGAGGCCAAGCAACGAUCAGGGAACGCCAGUGAGCUUAGCGCCAAAGAAGAGGAGGACAACGAUAUCGACGAGAUUGUUUUGAAAACAACCUCUGCCGUGGCCAUGGACGGUAAAAAUCACCCCAAAGGUAAAAACGUCCGUGUGAAACCAGGGUACUUUGGUUUAAACACUUCAAAGUCAAGUUGA